UACUGAUCUGCCCUCUCUGCUUUUCUCUCUCCCCCUCUCUGACGCGGUUCCUGUUGGGACUUCGCUGUAAACCCUGUUGCCGCUCCGCUCUCUGAACGGCUGUCUAGCCUCGCUCCGCGAAUCCUCUCUGUUUCCCCGCGAUCCGAGCACCCCACCGCCCCACCACCGGACCGAGGGGACGUUACCAGCGCCAGAGCGGGAGAACAGCGAGACCGUCCAUCAGUAGCAGAUGCCACCAGUGUGGGUGUGGGUAAUCACCCUCCUCUUCUGGGACCCUGACCCUUCCGGAUGUGGAGGUGGGAAAUUGGCUGCAGGAGCACCGCCCUGUGGAUCACAGGCCUCCUGUGAUGACUGCAUCAGCGCCCACCCCAACUGUUCUUGGUGCAAAGACAAGAAUUUCAUCCAGCCAUGGGAGCCGGAUUCUGGGCGCUGCGAUGAGCAGGAGAGCCUGCUUCUCCGGGGCUGCCCAGCGGAGGGCAUAGUCAACAUUAGCAGCUCCCACCAGGUGCUGCAGAGCCGUGAGCUCGGACAGUCCGUUGAGGGAGAGGGCCACAUACAACUGGCUCCCCAAAAAGUUAGGAUCAACCUCCGGCCAGGAUUGACUGAGCAUUUCCGGGUGAAGUUCCGGAGAGCUGAGCGUUAUCCCGUUGAUCUGUAUUACCUGAUGGAUCUGUCCUACUCCAUGAAGGAUGACCUGGAGUACAUCCGCAAACUUGGCAGUAACUUGCUGUUCACUCUGACCAACAUUACUGAUUCUGUUCGGAUUGGAUUUGGCUCCUUUGUCGACAAGACCACCCUGCCUUUCACCAGUCUGCUGCCUCGCCGCCUCCGCAGCCCCUGCCCCGACCGCAGCGAGCACUGCCAGCCCCCCUUCAGCUUCCGGAACGUGCUGCCGCUGACCCAGGAGGCGGGCAAGUUUGAGACGGAGGUGGGCAAGCAGGAGGUGUCCGGCAACCUCGAUACCCCUGAGGGGGGGCUGGAUGCUAUGAUGCAGGCGGUCGUAUGUGAAAAGGAGGUGGGCUGGAGGAACGUGACCAAGCUCCUGGUCUAUACGUCCGAUGCCACCUUCCAUUCCGCAGGUGAUGGGCGCCUUGGUGGGAUCUUCUUGCCCAACGACGCUCGCUGCCACCUCGACAAGACAGGGCUGUACGCCGACAGCAACCUCUACGACUACCCAUCGGUGGGCCAGCUCGUGCAGACUCUCUCAAAGCAUAACAUACAGCCCAUCUUCGCCGUCACCCAGAAUGUGGUGCCUGUGUACCAGGAACUCAGUAAAUUAAUCCCAAAGUCUGCAGUCGGGGAACUGAAAGCGGAUUCAAGCAACGUCUUACAGUUGAUCUCUGAGGCUUAUAAUAACCUUUCAUCCACAGUGAAGCUGGAGCACUCAAAACUCCCUGAAGGUAUCUCCCUCACCUUCCAGUCCUACUGUGGGGAUAGCAAUCCCUCCCGACAGGAUACAGGGCAGUGUUCUGGGGUCCGCUUUAACCAGGAGAUUAAUUUCACGGUGGGUGUGACUGCAUCGCGCUGCCUCCCCGCCAGCGCGCACUUCGUUCUGCGCGUAUUGGGCUUCGCGGAAACGUUGGAGGUCACGGUGGAGACGAAUUGCACGUGUCACUGUGGAGAUGCAGACGGCGGGGACACACACUGUAGUCACGGCAAUGGGACGCUGAACUGCGGACAGUGCAGCUGCCUCCCAGGACGCGUGGGGCGGCUGUGUGAGUGCACACGGGACGAAGAUCAGCUGGAAGACUUGCUGGCGCCAUGCCGGAAGGGGAACGAGUCUGUACUGUGUGAGGGGCAAGGACAAUGCAUAUGCGGGACGUGUGUGUGCGACGGGAACCUGCGCGGGCAGUACUGCGAGUGUGACGACUCCUCCUGUGUCCGGCACAACAGCCUGCUGUGCGGUGGCCAUGGCCGGUGCUCCUGUGGCAAGUGCAUCUGUGAUGUGGGCUACGAAGGGGAGGCGUGCCAGUGCCCGCUGUCAAAGGAAGCAUGCCGACAUGAGAAUGGCUCGCUCUGCACAGGACACGGCAACUGCCGCUGCGGUCAGUGCAUCUGUCAACGGGGAUAUACGGGUCCGAUCUGCAACCAGUGUCCCAACUGCCCCACCCCGUGUCAGCUCCACACGGACUGUGUUGAGUGUGUCGUAAUGAAAGGACGUCUGUCAGAGACCUGCACAAUGACCUGCCAAAACAUGUCGGUGUCUGUGAAGAAGCAGCUUCCCAACACUGGCCUGCACUGCAUGGAGCGAUUGUCAGAGGGCACGGUGCUGGAGUUUGUGGUGCAGGAGUUCAGCCAACUUUUGAUUGUCCGCGAGAUAGGGGUGGAGGCACCCAAUCGGCUCGUGAUGGUCGGUGGGCUGAUGACAGGGAUUGUCCUGGUGGGUCUUCUCAUCCUGAUGGCGUGGAGGGGAGCAACAGAGAUGAGAGACCGCAGAGAGUAUCAACGCUUUAUCAAGGAGAGGGAGAGGGCCCAGUGGGACUUGCUGAAUAACCCUCUUUACCAAAGUGCCACCACCACAACCAUCAACCCCCAGUUCCUGCCUGACUAAACAGGACUUCUGGAUCACCUCUACCAGUGAAAUUGCAGCUAAAAAGUUCUAUUUUAACUUCAUCAGUCCACAGGACUUGUUUCCAAAAUGCAUCAGGCUUGUUUAGAUGUUCCUUUGAACCUUUUGAAUAGAACUUUUUGGCCGCAAUGAGCAAAGGUAUGUUUGGAGAAAAAAGGGUGCAGAAUUUCAUGAAAAGAACACCUCUCCAACUGUUAAGCACGGGGGUGGAUCGAUCAUGCUUUGGGCUUGUGUUGCAGCCAGUGGCACGGGGAACAUUUCACUGGUAGAGGGAAGAAUGAAUUCAAUUAAAUACCAGCAAAAUCUGGAAGCAAACAUCACACUGUCUGUAAGAAAGCCGAAGAUGAAAAUAGGAUGGCUUCUACAACAGGAUAAUGAACCUAAACGCACAUUAAAAUCCACAAUGGAUUACCUCAAGAGGCGCAAGCUGAAGGUUUUGCCAUGGCCCUCACAGUCCCCCGACCUAAACAUCAUCGAAAAUCUGUGGAUAGACCUUAAAAGAGCAGUGCAUGCAAGACAGCCCAAGAAUCUCACAGAACUAGAAGCCUUUUGCAAGGAAGAAUGGGCGAAAAUCCCCCAAAGAAGAAUUGAAAGACUCUUAGCUGGUUACAAAAAGUGCUUACAAGCUGUGAUACUUGCUAAAGGGGGUGUUGCUAAGUACUGACCAUGCAGGGUGCCCAAACUUUUGCUUCGGGCCCUUUUACAGUUUCAAAAUAAUGAAAGAGGAAAAGGUGGAAAUA